AUGUCUCCAUUUAAUGUUUUCGUAUCUAACGCAGAUGGGCAUUGCUCCCGCCCUGAUGAAACACUCGGACCCUCAGAGCUGAACGGUUCAGACUGUCAGCAAUAUGUUAGAGAAAUGUCUCAGUACUGGCAUAGGAUGAAAUGUGGCAAUGAAACACCUGCAUCUAUUGACGAAUCCUGUUGUCACUCUUGGUGUGAGAAGCUGACCUCCUGUUUCAGUCAGUUGCCUCCUUGGAAAAAAGACUGUGUUAGAAUGUGGAGGUGUAGGAAAAAACCUCGCAAACAGAUUUCGAUUAUAUUGACAAAUACAACAGACUCGUCGUAUUUGGGCAGAAUCAAAGUGAAACAGUGCUGGGCGAAGAAACCGAAUUUUCCCGCCAUUAAGAUAACACCAUCAAGCGAAUUACGUGUAUUUGAUUUUCUUGUAACAUUUUUAGUGCCUGUUGUUGUUGUUACUUUAAUUUCACCCUUUAGAGAAUGUAGAAACCAAUCCCACUCUUAGCCCCAGUCGGCGCAGCUAUCAAUACAAGUUCGACUUUCAAGCAAAUAAGAGGAGUGAGCUCUAGUAGAAAUUAAUGUCGUGGCGAGUACGUUUUCCAGUAUUUCCUAUGUUAUUCAUAUUUCCUAUUUAUAAUCUUGUAAUCGGUUAUUCCAUUCUUAAUCCAUUAGUAUAGGUAAUCACAUGAUUUCGAGUGCAAUUUGGAAUAAAUAAGCAAGAGUAAAUUCUUUUAAAGACAAACAAAAUUGCACGAGAAAAAUCAUGUGAUUACGCGUUAAUAAUAUACAUGGAAAAAUACGAGAUGGCUUAUCAUAAUUAAAUAUAAGCAGAGCGCGCGCAUCAAGUGCAAAAAAUAAUUUAUUCAAACCGUGCCUUCGGUCAAAACAACCGCGUAGGAUCAAAACAAUAAUAGGCAAUGAUAUCUUCACAUCUUUGAGGUGCAAGAAAGUUCAAAGUCCGACUAAACAGUUCAAGGAAUAGUUCAGUCUGUGUCCGAAGCACUUUCGAUGUAAUGGAAUCAUCGUUUCCGAGGUUUAACUAUGACUGUUUUUAAUUUCGGCGUUGGAUCGCUCGAGCAAAGUGUUAAGCUGGGUCGGCUCGUAAUUUUCGAUUUCUUUGGCAAUUACCUUCUCUAAACACCACUUUUUCCAAACUGACAACCAAAGAGCAGUGCUUUUUAUAGUGUUUUUCAGCUGCGGUGCCGAAAGAAAACCUACUUAAUACGCCGGCCAUUGUUUCGCUCGCAAAUUUUCAGAUUUUCAAAUUUUGUUGCGCCAUCCAAGGCUCGCAUUUGAUUGGCUAUCUGUGAGUUUCUUUGAUUAUUGACCAAUCAGAAUGUCUGAUUUGUUUCUUUCUUUGCACUGAAUUAACCCUCUUCUGCACUAAAUUAACUCUCUUCUGCACUGAAUUACCUGAAAACUGCAUUUAUCUUAACCAAUCAGAACUGAGUAAUUUUUCCAUGUAUAUUAUUAUGUUCGUAAUAUUUUGCCAAGAAACCAUGGCAAUAACGUGUAAAUAGAAGACUUCGACGUCAGGAAAUUAAAACUCCUCUUAAGUUUAUUGCUGGUGCCUUGGUUAAAGAAAGCUUUUCCACAGACUGUGUCGCCCAGAGUUUAUCAAUUCCUUUAACAGUUAGACUACUGAAGGACAUAUCUAAACCAACGACUAUUACCUUAUUGAAACUUUUUUUCGCCUUCUCAGUUUUCAAACAAGAAACUUGUUGACACCAUCCUAAAGGAAUUGAUUGGCUCUUCUAGAAAUGAUGUAAAUCAAGAAAAGAUGGAACGCACUUUCCUCACUGUCACUAAUUUGGAGGAGUUCAUUGGGAAUUAUGCUCAAAAUCACCUAAAUCAAACCGUACCUAAGAUGAACAUCAGUAGUGAACAUGCAGGUACGUGGAUCUUAAAAGCUGAUUUGGAAGUCAGCUCUUGAUUUCUAAUUCAGAGUUCAGGAUGAAUACAUGCAUCAUUCGUGGCAGAUUUUAGAAACGUUUGCUAACGCUACUACUUAUUCGACGUUUUUGGUAUAAGCUUUGUCUGUAGCAACCCUCCAUCGAAUCAUUUUCGCGACACCUGAAACGCGUUGGACCUCUUUUAAGGCAGUUUAUAACAGCGAAUUCCUAUGGUUCAUCAGUUGUCUCCAAUUCCAAGAAUUCGUUCUAUUUUAUAUAUGUUCUUCAAUAUCGUCAUACAUAUGAAGUCAUAAACAGGGAAAAUGAAUAAAUAAAUUAAGAAUAUAAAAAUAAGAAACCAUUCGAGUUCAUUCCAGUGAUAUGUUUAUGGAUUUAAAAAUGAUCACCAGCACUUUAUCUGACAAUUGAAUGGAGAACGCUCCUUCGACUGAUGAUCCCUGCAAACUACUUGCAUUUACUACUUCUAAGUGAUGGUUCUUCAGUCUUUAAGUCCUAAAACUUUUGAGGACGAUAACUUGUUUAUUUUGGCCCUCACGUUAAAUAAGUCGCUGUUUUGCAAUUAGAUAUUUUGGUCAGGAAGAUUUUCCACGAAAAUGAGACUGGAGUACAACUUGAGGAUGAUAAAGGAGAAAACUACGUCAGCCUUCCUGUUACAGGCUUCGAUAACGGUUUGAGAACUAUCUUUUUCACUUUUUUUUAGCAUAGAAAAUUAUAUAUUUUUCUCGUAUUAUUCAAAUUAUUUUAGCGAUUAUCUGUGUUCUUGGUUAAAAAGGGGACUGGGUUCAAAUACUAAAGACAUUGAAGGUGAAUGGCUGAUAUCUUAAGCUGGUUGUUUUGGUUUUCUUUUAUCAGUUCAUUUCUCCUUUGGUCGAAAUGUUUUACUCUUAUAACAAGGCUGGGCAUACCAAUGAAACAUGCUAAUAAACGCGCAAGGUUUUAAACCGUGAUAACUUGUACUUUUUUCUAAAAACUCUCGAAGUAAUACAAUUGUUUUUUUUAUUUUCAUCUUAGGAUCAGUGGUACUUUGUGUCAUUUACAAAGAUCUCCAUAAAGUAUUCCAAACCGACUCUACUCCUCUCAAUAGAUUCAGGUUUGCUAAAACUUAGUAUUGUAUUUCGUAUCUUUUAUUUCAAAUCAAUCUAUUUUGGUUUGCUGAUAACCUACGAAGGGAAUGUUAAUAAUAAAAGAGAAACAUCUUCGACCUCAGUUUGAAUUUCCCCUUUGUUUUUGUUUCUUUCGUUUUGAUUCUCUUUUGCUAUCUUUUUAUUAAUUUCUCUUUUUGUCCUUUGUCGGUCCGUUUGUUUGUUUAAUUGGUUUUCUUUUCAUUUUUUUUUUUUCAUUUUUUUUUCUUGUUUAUUUGUCUUUUGUUUAUUCAACAGUAAUAUCUUGUCUGCAACGAUAUGGCCGAGGAACAACACUUUCAGAAAGAAUGUUACACUGAAAUUUAAAAACCUAGCGGUAAGAUACAAUUAAUCAAGAGAGAGCUCCAUCUGCAUUCGUAACGCUAUAAAGAAAUUUACACAGUGCUGAUAUUUCUGGAAAAUUCAAGCCAAAAUUUAUACUUCCUUUUGCAUCCCUUUGAUCCAUUUUUGUCUCGCUACAUAUUUUGUUGCUGUUGUUUGUUGCUGUUGUUGUUGCUUGUUAUCGUGUAAUUUGUUGAUUUCGUUUGUUUGGUUUUGCUUUACUUUUGUUAUUCCGUUUUUUUUUCCUUUUUUCUUUUUGUUUUGUUUUGAUUUGAUUAGAUUUGUCUUUUUUCCUUAUUAUUACUAUCAUUAUUAUCAAUGUUAUCAUCAUCAUCAUCGCUAUUCUUUUUAUUAUUAUUAUUAUCGUUACUAUUAUUAUCAUUUUUAAUGUUGGGGGUGGGGAAAGGGUUUUAAAAAAAGCCGGUGAGAGCACUCCCAUCUCCACAUUAGCCACCAAGUCGCUGCACUACGUAAUACUAACAGUACUUUACGGUUUCAGGACGCGCCGGAUGGAAGUUGCGUGUUUUGGAAUACUUCGGAAAACAGGUAAACAGCUUUGAAUGAAUUGAUGACAUCGUUCACUUCAAAUAAUAAAUUUGCGUAAGGACUUUGCUUUUAUGCACUGGUAUAUCACAUUGUGUGUUCACCUCUUACUCCUUCUUUCUCUUACUCAUUCUUUUUCUCCUUCUCAGGCUUCCGCGUGUUAAUGUCUAUAAAACUGGCUAUUGUUUUGUUUCUUAUGUUCAUUGACUGACUGCUUUUGACUGCUUUUCUAACUGUUUUCUGAUGUAAUUUGCUUAAUUGCUGGUCCGGACAAGGGUGUCUCCUGCUAUCGAAGAACGAGUCUCACACCGAGUGUAGUUGCAAUCAUUUGACUCACUUUGCCGUUCUUAUGCAGUUUGACAGGGGAAGUAGAGAUAACGGUUUAAUUAAGGUAAGAAUAUUGCUAAGCAUACAUGCAUUGAUUUCAGAAGGCACUAACACUAGAUAGCAUUGGUGUAGCACUUUUUCAUAAAUUUGCAUUAAUCCAGGUAUAUGAUGUGUGGCACUCUUCCGUUACAAGUAUUGAAUCACUGUUUUUGUAUUCAUUUCUAAGACGGAAGAAAAAACGCUGGAAAUUCUCACAUAUGUGGGCUUGUCUUUUUCUCUGGUUGGAAUCACUUUAACAAUCAUCAGUUAUGCUGUUCUUACGUAAGUACAUGACAUAGUUACAAGCAAGCAUUGCAAAGAAUAUAGACUCAACAAGAAAUGAUAUCAGUUUAAAUGUGUAUAGCUAAGAUUCCUUUAAGCAGCCAAGUCGAAUCAUAAAAAUAUAACAAGGCUUUGUAUAAAAUGAGGAUAGAACUGAUGUAGAAUAAAAUCAGUCAUUUGCUUUUGAUUAGAGACAUGAGGGGGCCCUUAUCUCAGAUUCGAGUGAGUCUAGUCGCUUCACUUGGCGCAGGUCAACUUUUCUUCCUAGCCGGAAGUGGUGCUGUUGAGAACAAGGUGAGAUAUUAUAUCAAACGAGAAGACAAGAAUCUCUUUCGGUAAAUCUUUAUGACUUUCAACCAACUCUUAGCUCAAAUUUUUCAUUCCUGUUCAGUCUGCCUGUGUUACAGUAGCAGCUUUUGUUCAAUAUUUCCUAAUGGCCGCUUUCUGCUGGAUGUUGAUCGAGGGAGUUUAUCUCUACCUGUUUGUUGUACAAGUUUACAACAUCAACGACAAGAUGAAGGUUUCACAUGGAUUUUCAUGGGGUAACUAUUAAUUAAAAACCCAUUCUGUCUUUGAUAAUCUUUUGAAAAGUAAAAGAUGAAAAUUGCCACCAGCAUCUUAGACAUCAUCAUCGUCAUUUGACUCUGUUGUCCCUUCGAAUUUCGAAUCCACAGGUCUACCCGCUCUCGUCGUUUCCAUAUCGCUGGGCAUUGCAGCAGGAACCGGGCCGGGGAUUAAAAGCCAUGUCAGUGAGAAGUUGUAAGAAAUAAAUGAUUUUUUUGUCAAGCGAUUUCUGUCACGAAUCCUGUUUUUUUGUUCUUUUUUUGUUUUUUUUUCUGUUUUUUUGUUUGCAUUGUUUUAAAUUUUUGUUUUUGUCUAAAGGUUGGCUUGUUUUUGUUGUUUUGUUAUUUCUUUGUUGUUUUCAGUGGUAAUCAAACAUGGAAAGUACUGCGUACAUGCAUGGGCAAAAAAGUAAUUAAUUGAUAAAUUAUCAAAGUUUCGCAUAAUUAAUUUUUAUUUAGCUUCUGGAUGUCAUCCUCUAACGGCAUGGUCUGGAUAUUUGUUGUAUUCGUUGUGCUGAUUGAGUUGGUAAGUUAAAUUCCUAAAUAUUUUUUUUUCAUUUUCAUCUUGCACGCUUUGCUUUCAAGUCUCUUUGUAUCGUGAGCAUUUUCCCCGCCGCUCUUUUUAACCUCUUUGACUCUGUUCAAUAGUUUUCAACAAAACAUGAAAUAUAUGAAGGAUACAUUUUGCUUGAGGUGAACCCUAUCAUUGGGAGAUGCCGUCAGCGGUUACUGUGCAAGGUUUUUAGGUUGAAAGUCCUGGUUCGAGUCUCUACUGGGUUAUUGUGUUGUUUUGUUGGGCGAAACGUUUUGCGUUCAUAAUGAUUUUAGCCAUCUCCUUCCAGCUGUAUAAAUAUUUACUAACGAAUGGUCAAGGACACCUCAAAAAUGUCUUGCGGAAUGCUAGGGAAGGGGAAGGGUUAAAAUCUUGACGACCAUCCGCUAAGGCAAAUAGGACCACUUAGCUCAAGUGAAAACUCCUGUUUCCUUUAUAAAGUUUGAUUGUUUUUAGAUUUUGUUUUGUUUGUUUUUUUUCAUUCUUAUCACUGUUUUCAGUUAAACACAUUGAUACUGUUGCGAGUUAUCAAGGAAAUGACGAUAAUGCAGCAUGUAAAAGACAAAGUCAGCGAACAAAUAAGGUAAGCAUUUCAGUGGCGCCAGUGGUAGAUUCAUAUAAGUCAUUAGCCUCAUACUUUGCUGCCUAAUGUCAACUCACAACAAUGGUAGCAGAUUAUCUUGAUUUUUUUUCUUCCUGAUUUUAUAGCCUUGGUGUCAGGGCAUGCGUGGUGAUGAUUCCUUUGCUAGGGAUCACGUGGCUAUUUGGUCUUCUUUCGCCCCUGCAUAAAGUGUUUGCGUACAUUUUCACAAUUUUCAACUCUACUCAGGUAAACUGAAUACAGCUUUUGGUGAAUGAAAUCCGAGCUCAUACGAUACCAACGUAAAAGCAAAUUCUAUGGCAAUUUGUUCUAUCCCUUCCUUACAAGUUUACCAGGUGGUAAACUUAGUGUAAUACAGAGACAAAGUAGAGAACUUGUGAUUAAUAGCAGUAAAGGUUUGGACAUUUUUACUGCCCAGUAACGUUUGAUACUGAGAGGUUUAGGGUUAGGGGGGGGGGGCUUGUAUGAAAGCACUUUAAAUCUACUAAAGGCGUUAAUGGGAUCUCUGAAAUUACAAUUUAACAGGGCUUCUUAAUAUUCCUCCUUCACUGUGUGAGAAAUUCAGAGGUAUGUUAUCAAAUGUUAUUUUAAGUCUCUUUGUAAACUUUAGAUUUUUGCUCAGAGUUUUACCUGGCAAGGCUUCCACUUUGAAAUAAGAAAUUAAAUUCGAUGGUUGUAUUUAUGCGAGGCACAUAGAGUUGUUCAGUUCUUGAGAUCGUUUUGAUAUCAACUUAUUCAUGCAGAUUAGAUCUCGCUUCAAAAGAAGGAUCAACGCUGUCAACCCAACUGCAGAUGAAGUAACAGGCGUUAAGCGAGCUUCGCAAGUAAAUGAAACAAUCAGCGUGAUACUGCCAAGGAAAUUGAAUGUCCAGCCUCCUAAUAACCAUGAAAGUGUCAUUGGGAUCUCUGAGACCUGA